AUGGCGUAUAAUCGUGGUUACAACCCGGAUGCUCUGCCUGCGCAUGCUGAACCCGAACAAGCCGCUCAGAUGUUGAAUCAAGGUCAAGGCGGCGGCGCUCCACCACCACGAGCGCAUAGCGGAUCUGUUGCGUCGAACUACAACAAACCUGUUCCUCCGCCACCGCAGCAGCAAAAGUCACGGCCGGGUCAGGAUGAUAGAUAUGGGAGGCAACCGUCGGGUGGAUAUGGACAGGCUACACCCGGCGCAUAUGGAACAGGAGCAGCACCACAGCAAGGGUACAACGACUACAGUCGACCAUCGGCGCAGAACGCUAGGUACGAUUCUUACAACCAACAACAACCACAGUCACCUCGAUAUGGUAGCCAGGGCGGCCAGGGCGGCCAAGGUGGCUACAACCAGCAACAAGCACCACCUCCAGGUCGCAACCAACUCACAUCGCCACCACCCACUAACUCAGGCCCACCGCCACAAGGCUAUCACAACCGACCACCGAUACCAGAGCAGCAACGUCCACCGACUGUAGCCCCACCACGAGACGGCAACGACCGCGACGCACUGUGGCCACUUUUCCUGCAGGUAGACAAAGAUCGCUCGGGACAACUAUCCGAGGAAGAACUCCGACGAGCGUUGGUAAACGGUGACUACACAGCUUUCGACCACCAUACAGUCAAAAUGAUGAUCCGCAUGUUCGAUACCGACCGCAGCGGCACAAUCAAUUUUGACGAGUUCUGCGGGCUGUGGGGAUUUCUGGCGGCAUGGAGAGCGCUAUUCGACCGCUUCGACGUGGAUCGAUCUGGUAACAUCAGUUUGCGGGAGUUUGAAGACGCGCUGGUGGCUUUCGGGUAUCGCCUGAGUCCACAAUUCGUGCAGUUGCUGUUCGGAACAUAUGCGAGGAGUCACUCGAGAGGAAGAGGGGAUGAUGGGGAGAGGGAGAAGGUGUUGAGUUUUGAUUUGUUCGUGCAGGCUUGCAUUAGUCUGAAGAGGAUGACGGAUGUGUUUAAGAAGUAUGAUUCGGAUCGGGAUGGGUAUAUCACGUUGAGCUUGUAA